GGGCCUGCAGCUGCUGAGAGGAGAGAUGUGUCAGAGGAUCUCUCUGCCUGCCACCACAGAGGUUUAAAGGUCAAUGAUUUGAAGACUGGUAAUCUGAUAGGAAUUGACAAAUAUGGCAACAAAUACUAUGAAGACAAAAGAAACUUCUUUGGUCGGCACAGAUGGGUUGUAUAUACUGAGGAAAUGAAUGGCAAAAAUACCUUUUGGGAAGUUGAUGGAAGCAUGGUGCCCCCUGAAUGGCAUCGCUGGCUGCACUCAAUGACGGAUGACCCUCCAACUACUCAUCCACCAGUUGCUCGUAAAUUUAUCUGGGAGAACCAUAAAUUCAAUGUCAGUGGCACUCCUGAGCAGUAUGUGCCUUACUCCACUACUCGCAAGAAGAUACACGAGUGGAUCCCACCUAAAACAGCCAGCAAGUAACAACAGCAACAACAUGACUUGGCUCGGCUUGGGUAUUUGCACUGGUUUUGUUCAGAAUAAAAGCCUCCUAUAGCAA